AUGCUCGUAGAAUAUGCCGCGGUGGCGAAAUUUCAGCCCUUGAUGAAUCGCAUCUCUUCUGUUGUAUUCUUCGGCGCCCCGCAUCGAGGUCUUGAGGUUCAGUCUUUAGAAGAACUGACCAGGCUUAAGGAGCGGCACGGACUUAUCAAGGAUCUCGAGAAGAGCUCAACGCUGCUGCGUGAGCUCAACGAAAAGUUCCCAAACGUCUCUCAAAGAUUGGAAAUUAUCACUUGCUUUGAGCUGCAGACAACACCAACGAGUAGAGCGCGCUCUGAUGAUCCAGAAUCGUGGGAGCGGACAGGGCCACGCAGGAUGAUGGUCGACGCGGACUCUGCUUGUCUCUAUACCGCGAACGAGACCAGGAUUCCUAUUGACAAGAAUCACUCCAGAAUCGCAAAGCUUUCAAGUGGAGACGAGGUAUAUCAGCGCCUCAAGACCCUUUUGAAGGACAAUAUCUUGAUCGGCCAAGCAACGAUCAGAUCAGGGUUCCAUCGCAUCAUCGCAAUGCAAGUCAUCGAGCGUGUCCGUGAAACUCUCAACCCCCUUGCAGAAUUCUUGCACCAUUCUGAGCUUAGUGGGAGCGAAGGUGCCAUGAUGUCAAUAGGGAGAGCAUCCGAUUUUCUGGGUCGACUUUAUGGCUCCCUGAAUGCAGACUUAUUGUCAGCAUCAACUGUUGGGCCAGACUCCACUAGCCACUUGAUGAAGAGUAUUUUGGAUACGCUCGAUAUCUUUGAGGGGCAUGUUCUCCUAUACCAGGAAAUGACAGAGCUUUAUCAAGGAUAUGUUGCUGAAGGGAGCUUGAUGCAUCUUCAAGAAGUCCCGUCUAUAGAUUUUGUAAAACAGAUUGAGAAAUCAUCUCGAUUCACAUCUCUAAUGACUGCCACGAGGAUCGAUAAGCUAAUUGAAGCUUCCUCGUCCUGUGUCGAGAAACUUGUUAGACUCCUGUGGCUUGUUGUACUCAAUCCAGGCAAGAUGGAUGACUUUGAGCAUCUUAAGAAAAUACAAUCGCUUAAGCAAGUCAAUAUUGGUCAUUCGGUGCCAAAGCAAACCAGAACACAAGUUAUCUCCUCAACAGAACCACACUUGGAGCCGCUAGCUGGGCAUCUAGAAGAGGAUGCACUACUGGUCGCCCCUCGGGUUCAGAAGUAUGUGCCGCAAGGAUCAAUCGAGCCUUUCCUGGUCAUAGUUGAAGAACGAGAUUACGUGGUAGAAGACCAAGAAGCAAAGAGCGUGGUCGAAGUCAGAAAUGCCGAGUUGAAAGCGAGAGAAACAAUAGAAAAGCUGACAGUAGUGCUCCAAAAUUUGGUAAUAGACUCGACAGAUGCAAUGUCACUCCUUGCUUCGUCGAGCUCUGCUGCCUGUACACUCGAGUGUCUUGGAUACCAGAGAAAGGCAACGCCUGGCAAAUAUGUGAUCCUCUUUCGCGUUCCAGAUCCAAUCAGUGACUUUUCGGUCAAGAGUCUAGGUACACUCUACGAAAGACUAAACUCGAAGGACUUUCGACCAAACCUUCAACAGCGAUUUAAGCUUGCUAAAGAUAUCUGCUCCUCGAUCUUGCACCUUCAUUGCUGGGGCUGGGUGCACAAAGAUAUAAGACCAGAGAACAUCAUUGUGAUCACAAGCCAACCUGGUGAAGAGACCAAUCCGAAGCUUGCAAAUGAGCAUAGCAUUGUUGCUCACCUGGGUGGCUUUGAAGUUGCGCGCCUAGAGAAUGACUUCUCGAGUAUCACAAAGACUCUCCAACUGCAGAGGAAUCUGUACCGACAUCCCCAGAGACAGCAAACGCCUUCCCGACCUUUCACGAAGACGGAUGAUCUCUAUGCGAUCGGUAUCAUUCUUCUUGAGAUUGGCAUCAAAAUGACCAUUGACAGAAUAUAUAUGCCGAAGCUCAUCGAGGCGCUGGAAAAAACGCGCCAUGGCAUCCGUCUGGACGCUAUUCCGAGAAAGAUCGAGCAACUGGCUGCAGCGGAGCUUCCAGCAAAGAUGGGCCCUAGAUAUGCCGAAGUGGUACGGAAAUGUAUCACAGGAGAUUUUGGAAUCACUUAUGAUGAUGAGAUUAAGUCGAGACUCAGUAUCGCUUUUCAGGAUACAGUCAUCGACGAAUUAGAGCAUGGAUGUCAAUUGUAA